GAAUAAGAAUAGUUUUUUUGAGAGCGAAAAUGGUUAGCGUGGAUCAAAUUCGCAAGGCUCAACGUGCUGAAGGCACUGCCUCAAUCCUUGCAAUCGGAACAGCGAAUCCUCCAAGUUAUUUCGAUCAAAGCAAAUUUCCAGACAGUUAUUUCAAUAUGACCAAUAGCCAGCACAUGACAGAACUUAAAAAGAAAAUGCAGCGCAUGUGUGAUAAAACCAUGAUAAAAAAACGACACAUGUAUGUAACGAACGAGUUUGUGAAAGAGAACCCGUAUUUGCGUGAAUACAGUAUGCCUUCAUUGGAUGCUAGACAAGAUAAAGCUGCUAUACUAAUAUCAGAGCUGGGCAAAGAAGCCGCGAAUAAGGCAUUAGAGGAAUGGGGCCAACCCAAGUCCAAAAUCACUCACUUAAUUUGUUGUACCACUAUGGGUGCAUUCUUACCUGGGAUUGACUAUAGAAUUGUCAAGCUAUUAGGCCUUGACUUAUCUAUUAAGCGAAUCAUGUUGUAUCAACAAGGUUGUAAUGGAGGUGGCACUGUACUACGAAUAGCCAAAGACCUAGCUGAGAACAAUAAAGGUGCACGUGUCCUCAUUGUGGUCUCUGAGGUAACUUUGGUUGGCAUGCAUGGCCCUAGUGAGACUGAUGUUGAUGUUCUUGUUAGCCACUCCUUGUUUGGUGAUGGCUCGGCUGCUCUUAUAGUUGGUGCAGAUCCUGUGCCUAGUGUUGAAAAUCCCAUCUUUGAACUAGUUUCUACAGCCCCAAUAUUACUGCCUGAUAGCCCUGAGGCUAUUUCUGGAGCUAUCCGUGAGAGUGGGCUCUUAAUUCAUAUUGGGAAGGAAGUUCCCGAACUUAUCGCAAAUAACAUUGAGAAGAGACUGAUUGAGGUAUUCAAACCUCUAGGUAUUUCUGAUUGGAACUCAAUCUUUUGGGCUGCACAUCCUGGCGGACCUGCAAUUUUGGACCAAAUUCAAGCCAAGCUAAGUCUUAACCCAGAGAAGUUACGUGCAACUAGACAUGUGCUUGGUGAGUAUGGUAACAUGUCAAGUGUAACUGUACUAUUUGUUUUGGAUGAGAUGAGAAAGAAAUCAGCUAAAGAUGGACUCAAGACCACAGGAGAAGGAUUGGAAUGGGGAGUGCUUUUUGGAUUUGGUCCAGGACUUACUAUUGAAACCUUGCUCCUUCACAGUGUCAAUGUUGCUUAGAGGCUUCUAUUACUGAUUUACUUUCCAUUCCUUCUAGAGCUUCUUUUUUUUUCUUUAAAUUUUAAUUAUAGUUAUUUGUGUUUCAGUUUUUAUUAAGAAGGAUGUGUCGAGACUCCGGGAAAGUUGUUGUGAUGAAAAUUUUAAUUUCUCAUAUGACAUAAUUAAUAAAAUAUCUUAUACUGUCACGAAGAUUUAAUCUGGAUUUUUAAUUA